CGACGACCAGACUCCCUGCGCGAUAUGAGCCAGGAGGAGAUUGCGGCUCUCAAUAAGAAGCUCGUUCGAAAGAUCGAUACCAUCAUCUUGCCUAUCAUUGGCAUUCUUUACAUUCUCAACUAUAUCGAUCGCCAAAACCUCGCCGCGGCAAAGUUGCAGGGUAUCAUGGAGGAUCUCAACAUGACGACGCAGCAAUUUGCUACGGCUGUCUCGAUCCUCUUCGUCGGCUAUCUGCCUUUUCAGAUCCCGAGCAAUCUUCUUAUCACGAAGUUCCCAAGGCCAGGUCUCUACAUCUGCGCAGCUGUGGUCAUCUGGGGAGGCAUCUCAGCAGCGACUGCAGCUGUCCGUACGUAUGGACAGCUUCUUGCUGUUCGAGCCGUCCUCGGUGUCGCAGAAGCUGUGUUCUUCCCUGGUGCCAUCUACUAUCUUUCCGCCUGGUACACCAAGACUGAACUCGGGAAGCGUAUCGCUGCGCUAUACAUCGCACAACAAUUCGGGAAUGCUUUUGGUGGACUCUUUGCCGCUGCUAUACUGCAGCUCGAUGGAGCACACGGCAUUCGGGGAUGGCAAUGGUUGUUCAUCAUCGAGGGAUGUGCAACGGUUGGCAUCGGGUCCAUCUGUGCCUUCUUUAUGCCCGAGUUCCCACACAACAGCCGCAUAUUAUCGCAAGAGCAACGAGACUUGGCGGUGUGGCGAAUUGAAUCUGAGUCCGGUGCUGCCGAAGGUACCGAGAAGGAGAGCGUGCUGAAGGGAUUCGCGAAAGCACUGUCAGAUCCCAAGCUUGUUCUGCUGAUCCUCUGCAACAUGCUCUCGCAAGCACAAGGGUCCAUUGCCAACUUCUUCCCGACACUGGUUGCUUCGCUAAACUUCAACCACACGAUCUCGCUACUCCUCACGGCACCACCAUACAUACUUGCGGGAAUCGUCUAUUAUGGGCUCAUGUCUUGGUCUGAUCGCCGUAACACAGCGUAUCCGAUCAUCAUGGUCUGCAUUUCGAUAGCUUGCGGAAUGUAUAUCAUACCGAUGGCCACGCAAAACGUCGGCGCCCGAUACUUCGCCAUGAUGAUACUUCCAUUUGCAUCCGUUGGACCCCAGCUCGUGCUGUAUAAGACAAUCAACUUGCAUUUGGCACGACCUGUGGCAAAGAGAGCAGCUGCAUCUGCGCUUGUGAACGCGAUUGGAGGGACCUCUAACAUCUGGGCAUCAUAUCUCUACUAUGCACCACCCCAUUUUUACGCUGCCUUUGGCACACUCAUGGGCUGCGCCUUCAUUUUUGCGGCUACGAUUACAACCUAUCGCUGGUUGGUGCUGCGUGAAAACAAGCGCCUGGACUCGGGUAGGCCCGAGGAGAUCGCCAAGGUUGUGAAAGGAGGAGUGACGGAAGAGAUGGUGAGGCUGAACUGGCGCUAUGAAAUGUAUUGAGUCAUUCAAUUGCAGUAGUCGGGAGGAUGUGGGCGCUGUGGGUGCCGAGUAGACUUGGACGUCCCUCCAUUUCCAUAGAUCUGAUACAGUGCACGUCUAGGCACGUGACGGACCAGCAGCCGACUUCCUGGUCUCUAAAGC